AAAAAACACCCGUUAAGAAAAAAUUUAAUUGGGUCAGCCCUCCUGAGAUUCUUCUCAGUUCUUCCCUCUUCGGUAUCUUCGCGGAAUCACGGCCCACCUAGGCAGUGCACAGGCGAUAAAGACUGCAGGAUUGCAGGCGUACGCUCGGACAGCGCCGCCCACCAAUCCGCCUGCAAACCAGGCCUCCGAAGGUACGCCGACGUUUCGUUCUAGUAUAACUGCAGUCUGCAGUUCGCAUUUCCGGCCGGUCCAAGCGGUCAAGACUCCGGCGUGGCAGCGUUGGAUUCUUAGAAUUGCAGAUUCGCAGGUUCCGGAGGUCACAAGAGAGAUAUCCAGAUAUGGCAAUGCAAGGAACCCCCAAAUUAGAUGCCUUGGGUUACGACAAUUUUCACUUCUGUUGAGUGAUGGCAGCGAGCUUGGUUCAUAGAGCUACUCAUGACGCAGAGAAUCCCCUAGAAGCUUCUCUCAGAGAAGCUUUCAACCUUCACGAAGGUGAUCUACAACCUCCCUUUGCUCUGAAAUCCCUCUCCCAAAAACAGUACUCACGUCUACAACUAGUAGCUUCUGAUAAAGCUGAACCAAACACCGAACACGACGAUGUGAUUCUCGACUCUCUCUUCAGAAAAUUUUACGAGAACUCACAAUCUCCACCUCCUGCAUACACUCCAGAGUCAACAUCAACUCCAACAGCAGAGAUUCCGCUCCUCACAGGACCAGAUGAUGUAACAUCCACACCCUCAACUCCUCAAACCAAUCUCAGAGGUGUGGAUGAUCACGGCUUUGGUAUAAGUCCGGAAUCAUCUCCACUACACACCACAGUUGCCCCAGAGCCUUCAAACUCAUAUCAGGACUCAGAUCAACCAAUAAUUACUCCAACUCCUCUAGCUCAUGAGAGGAAGUGGACGAGAGCACAUCCUGUUGAACAAAUAAUAGGUGAUCCAAGUCAAGGUGUGCGAACAAGAUCAGCAACAAAAAAUGAAUGUCACUAUGCAUGUUUUCUAAGCAAGAAUGAACCGUCCAAAGUCUCAGAGGCACUCGCUGAUCCAGAUUGGGUGAUUGCCAUGCCAGAUGAGCUCAAUCAGUUUGACAGACUAGAUGUGUGCACACUCGUGCCUAAACCCCCUCAGAAAACCAUCAUUGGCACUAAAUGGGUGUUCAAGAACAAGAAGGACGAAGAAGGCAUAGUGAUACAGAACAAGGCACGACUGGUCCUUAAAGGAUAUAAUCAGCAAGAGGGCAUAGACUAUGAUGAAACAUUUGCACCCGUAGCAAGAAUUGAAGCAAUCCGCCUUUUUCUUGCGUACGCGGCCCACAAGAACUUUACCGUCUUUCUAAUGGACGUCAAGACUGCCUUUCUGAAUGGAGUCUUGGAAGAAGAAGUCUAUGUCGCUCAGCCCGAAGGAUUUGUAGAUCCCAGAUAUCCCGACCAUGUGUACAAGCUAAAGAAAGCUCUGUAAGGGUUGAAACAGGCACCAAGAGCUUGGUAUGAUGCAUUAACCGAAUUUCUGGUUGACUCAGGUUUCUCAAAAGGGAAGAUUGAUACCACACCUUUCAUCAAACGACAGAAGUCUGACAUCAUCCUGAUUCAGAUCUAUGUUGAUGACAUUAUCUUCGUCUCCUCAAAUCCACGUCUGUGCAAACACUUUGAGAAACUGAUGAAAACCAAGUUUGAGAUGAGCAUGAUGGGCGAACUGAAUUUCUUCCUAGGCCUGCAAGUAAGACAACUCUCUGACGGCAUUUUCAUCAAUCAGUCAAAGUAUAUUCUGGAAAUGCUUAAGAGAUUCAACAUUGAUGGCAAAUCUUCCAUGACGACCCCCAUGUCCCCAAACAACAAACUGGACUCCGAUCCCUCCGGGAAGCCAGUUGAUGCUACAAACUACAGGGCCAUCAUUGGAUCUUUGCUAUAUCUCACGUCAAGUAGGCCUGACAUUGUCUUCUCCACAUGCUUAUGUGCACGCUUUCAGGCAAAUCCGAAGGAAUCCCAUCUGACCGCUGUUCGAAGAAUACUGAGAUACCUCAAAGGCACUGUGAAUCUAGGCCUUUGGUAUCCCAAGCACUCAGGUUUUGACCUAGUCGGAUACUCGGAUGCUGACUUUGCUGGUUGCCGGAUGGACCGCAAAAGUACAUCGGGAGCUGUCCAGUUCUUGGGCGAUAAGUUAGUCUGCUGGUCUUCCAAGAAACAGAACUGUGUGUCAACAUCUACGGCCGAGGCAGAAUACGUCGCGGCUGCUAGCUGUUGUUCACAAAUAUUAUGGAUGAAGACCCAGCUAAAGGACUACGGUUACACUCUCCGCCAUAUCCCGAUCUACAGUGACUCACAGAGCGCCAUCGCCAUCACCAGCAACCCGGUUCAUCACUCCCGCACCAAACACAUCGACAUGCGCUAUCAUUUCAUCAAGGAUCAUGUGGAGAAAGGAGACAUUGACAUAUAUUUUGUAAGCUCAGAGCUUCAACUGGCUGACUUGUUCACUAAGGCAUUGGAUGAAAAACGAUUCCAGUUCCUAGUCUUCAAGUUGGGCAUGUUGAACCUCGAGCCUGUCUGAUUAUGUCUCCACUGAUUUAAAAAGUGUGUGUGUGUGGGACUUGUAAAAAGUGUGUGUGCGUGUGCUUUGUAAAUAGUGUGUGUGCGUUGCAUGUGUUGAGGGGGAGAAAACCAGAAAAAUAACAAAAAAUAGUGUGCGUGUGUUGCAUGGGUUGAGUUUGUGUAAAAAAUCAAAAAGAACAAAAAAUAGUGUGUGUGCGUUGCAUUUGUACAUAUUGUUCGUUGCAUUUUUUGAGGGGGAGAAAAUUUUCACUGUUUGAGGGGGAGCUAUUUUUCACUGAUUAAGGGGGAGUUCUCUAUUUUUACUGGUUUUGGGCCUCGAAAAUUUUAAAAGGGCACUGUGUGCCAGCCCAAUCAUUCGGGCUCAACUAUUACGGAGGAGGUCCAAAUUUUUACUCGCGUAUAUAAAACCUCGCGAAAAACCCUUCAGUCCAUAUCACACUGUAUUUUCGCAAGGAUUUUUCGCAAACCAGAGCUCCCUAACCCGUCUCCUUCCCGAAAUACUUCCUUCUCCUGUUUCUUCUUCCC